CAGAGAGCUGGAUCAGAAACCUCAACGUUACCAAGCCAAAGUGAACUGAUAACAAUCAACAGAGACUGAUUACUAUCAACAUGUGUAAAGGACUAGCUGCCCUGCCUGCGACUUGCCUCAAAAGCGCAAAGGACAUGAAACAUCGCCUUGGCUUCCUGUUGCCUAAACCAGAAGCAUGGACUGAUCAUAGCUCGGUGCCCAUCAAGAAGGAUAAGACAGGUGUAGCUCACAGACUCAGUUGGGAUGAGGUCAAAGAAUGGAGUGAAUCUUUGCAAAGACUAAUAACUCAUAAAAAUGGCCUGGUGGUUUUUGCUGAAUUUCUGCAAUCUGAGUUCAGCGAGGAGAAUAUCAAGUUCUGGUUGGAGUGUGAGGCAUACAGAAGAAACAAGUCAACUGCAAAACUGGCCUUGAAGGCAAAGAAGAUUUUCGAUGAAUAUGUCGCAGUCGAUGCUCCCAGAGAAGUGAAUUUGGAAUCCCAGAUCAGAGAAAAGACAAAGAAAAAUAUCCUGGAGCCAACAUCGUCCUGCUUUGAUGAAGCACAAAGCAAGAUCUAUACCUUGAUGGAGAAAGACUCUUAUCCCAGAUUUCUCAAGUCAAAGAUCUACUUAGAUUUACUGAGCCAAACUCAAGCCAGAAGCCAACCCAAGUCCAGAGAACAAAUCCCUUUUUCCUCUGACCCCCAGCGCUUACGUGCUUAGUGUUCCUGGACCAUCAAUACAAAGUUGUUAUUUAUGUGAUGAUAAUAUUGAAAUAUUUCUGAGAUAAUUUAACAUCAAGCCUUCAGAGUUCUUGUUGUUGGUGAAAGUUAUGGUAAAUAAAUUUGAUCAAAAGCUGCACUUUAACCCCUGAGAAUUAAGGUAACAUUUUUUGCACAAUUUUGAGAAAAAUUUCAUUCUUUAAUCUAGUGGUAUUAUACCUGUGUUGGAAAGUUAUGUGCCGUGCCCUUCAUUUUAUGCACUGAAAUUAGGCAAAGAACUGUUCUCAUUGAACAAGUUUGUAUUCCUAAUAUUUCUCAUAUGUUGUAUUUCCUUAUUACAUCAAAGGUCAUUCAGCCCAUUGACUUUCAGAACAUUCCCAUGUCCCAUUCCUCCAUUUAUUUCCCUGUAAGCUAUUCUCUCUCAUGCACCCUUUAACACCACCUUAAUUCUCCUACCACCCAUCAACAUUAGGGGUAAUUUACAGUGACCAAUUAACCUACCAACCCGCACGUCUUUUGGAUGUGGGAGGAAAGCAGAGCAUCCGGGGGAAACCCGAGUGGUCCCAGGGAGAACAUGUAAACUCCACACAGACAGUGCCAGAGUUCAGGAUGAAACCCAGGUCACUGGAGCUGUGAAAUGCCCGUGAGACAAAUAUUCAUUUACGCUUGCUGGGUGGAAAUCUUGGAGCACUCUAUCCUGGCAUGGUUUGGGAGUGAGCUCAGCAUGUGGUCUAUAGUAUUUCAAGAAGGAAGUUCAUUAACACCUUCAAAAGAGUGAGCAAAAUACUGUAAUGUGCCAUUAUCUCCCAGAUAUAUUCAAUAUUAAAAUAAAUGAACUGCAUGCCUUACAUUUUGACAACAUACAGUAUGGUCAUUACUGGCUGAUUCUUUCUGACCACUACAAAGUUCUUGUGGAAAAAAACAUGAUGUGAUCUGUACAGAAGUCAGUCUUGUGCUAGUUUGCAAGCAACCAAGUGAAAACAGUAUUCAUUGUUUUCAAAUAUGCAUUUGUACUAUAGGGAAGAUUUUUGAACUCACCAUAUAAUGUUUUAUUAAACAAGAUAGAAUCCAUGAUGGGGGAGAAUGGUUGAUGCAAAUAAAAGUCUUAAUUGUUCUGUACAUCUAUCAAGAAUAUACACGUGUCUGUAAAAGUCAGUUAUUGAUGGUAUCUGAUAAUAAUUUAUUGUACAUCAGGAAUAACAAGGAAGUUUAAUUAUUUUUAUAUGUAUUACCUUCAGUAUUGCUGCACCCUAUGUAUGUUUAAGUUACUCUGACAGGCUGCACCGUGAUGAAUAUCUGGUAACCAACACAACAAUGAAAAACAAAGUUUAGCCUGAGGCGUAAGAGUCAGCAUUUCUCUGAUAUUUAUUGAUUAAAUUAUGGUGUGUGGAAUUUCCUGUUGUUUUGAAUACUUAAAUAAAUUAUGUU